AGUGAAGGAUGCGAAAGGGAGACGGCGUCAUCGGUGACGCGAGAGAGAGAUUGUUUUCUUGAGAGAAAAGAUAACGAGGAGGAGAGGAUGCUGUUAAUAUGAAUAAUAUCCCCCCUCCCUCCCUCCCUCCCGAUUCUCAUCAUCUGCUUCUUCUAAUUCAUUCUGCUGCUUACAGGUAGGUAGUGAAUAAUAUGAAUCUCAACGAUCUCAACAAAGUCUGGGAAAUUAAGCCUCUGAAGAUGCCCCGAGAAAACGAGGCAAGGGAUAUUCUUGACAAGGUUGCAAAGCAGGUUCAACCAAUCAUGCGUAACCGCGGAUGGAAAGUCAACCUCCUUUCUGAGUUUUGGCCCUCCAAUCCUGCCCUCCUUGGCCUCAAUGUCAAUGGUGGCCAGGAAGUAAAGUUAAGGCUUCGCAGGCAAAAUAACCAGUGGGACUUUUUUCCUUAUGAGCAGAUUCUUGACACCAUGCUUCAUGAGCUCUGCCACAAUCAAUAUGGCCCACAUAAUGCCCAUUUCUACAAUCUACUCGAUGAAAUUAGAAAGGAAUGUGAACAACUUAUGGCUAAAGGUAUAACGGGUACGGGUCAAGGCUUUGACCUUCGUGGGAAAAGAUUAGGUGGAUUUACACGUCAACCCCCUUUGUCAUCCCUUAGACAGAAAGCGCUGGCUGCUGCUGAAACUAGAGUCCAACGGGGGCCUUCUGGCCCAAAACGUCUUGGUGGGGAUAGCAGUUUGAGGGCUGUCCUUACCCCGAUUCAAGCCGCCGCCAUGGCAGCAGAAAGGAGACUGCAUGAUGACUUGUGGUGCUCUUCUCAGGUUGAGGGAACCUCUGUCUUACCGGAUAUAAUAAGCUGUGGUGGUGAGUCUACACCGGUAAGCAAUGAUGAAAAAGAAGAAGAAGCAGCAGCGAAUGCAUCAUGGCAAUGUGGAGCUUGUACGCUAUUAAACAAGCCAUUGAGUCUGACGUGUGAGGCUUGUGAAACCCAAAGAAUAGAUGUGAAGAAUGCAAAUGCAAAUACAAAAAUGUGGCCGUGUAAAUUUUGUACUCUACAAAACCCUGUUGCAAAGGAACGAUGUUUAGCUUGUGGAGAAUGGAAAUAUUCAUAUGGUCCUCCUACAGCUACACGCGGCCCGUAUCCUGGUACAUAAAUACAUUAUUAUUUUCAAGAUCAAAGUAGAGGUAUUGUUACUUUGCUUUGCAUCAUAUCAUUACUGUCUAUUAUAGUUUAUAGCGUCACUUUUCUUUUCUUUCUUCUUCUAGUGGAGUUUUGCAAAGUAAAUGUGCCUUGAAUGAAUGUCAACUUUUCUUAAAUGUUGCUCACCCCUAUUUAGUAUGAUUGUAAUAUAAGUUUCUAAAUAUUAAUGACAUGAAAUUCCCGAUCAAAUGAUAUACGUUAUAUAUGUA